AUGGAAGCAGGCGGCAAUGAGAUCUCGCGCCUGUCGGAGGAAGUCCUGGCGUCGAUCCUCUCCCGCACGUCGCCGCCGGACGCCGGACGUUGUGCCGCUGUCUCCCGGGCCUUUCUUGCCGCCGCGGACUCCGAUGUCGUCUGGUCCUGCUUCCUGCCCCGUGACCUCCCACGGCUCGCUGAAGGUGUGCUCCCCCACGCGCCGCUGUCCAAGAAGGGCUUGUUCCGAUGCCUCUCCGAUCAACCGGCGCUCCUCCCAGGCAACCUCAGCAUGUGGCUGGACAAAAAGACAGGCGCCAUGUGCUACAUGCUCUCGGCGAGGUCGAAGCAUAUUUCAUGGGGAGAGACAAUAGAUUACUGGGAACGGAUCAAGCUCGGUUCUGAUGAGAUCCAAGCAAACAACAGCUUCUGUGAAGCAGCUCAACUUCGGGGAGUUUGGUGGCUGUUAAUCCGUGGCGAAAUACAUAGCACAAUGCUCAGCCCAAACUCCAAGUAUGCUGCUUACAUGGUGUUCAAGCUAGCCGAUGAGUUCUUCAAUCUCGAUUUCCCGUUUCAAGAGGCAUCAACCAGUGUUGGAGGGAUUGACGACUCAACACGCCAAGUUUGCCUCCAAGCCUACAUAGAGGACGGGGAUGCAGAAGAUGUUAUGCUCCCUCGAAAAAGGGCUGACGGCUGGAUGGAGGUCGAGCUUGGUGAGUUCUACAACGGAGAAGGCUGUGACAGCGAGGUGUCUGUGUGCCUAAAGGAAACAGAGGGAGGAGUUUGGAAGACUGGUCUUAUUGUGUGGGGUAUUGAGAUUAGAACUAAGAAAUGAUGUUGAUGAGCUUGUUGGAUUAAGAAUUGAUGUCUACAUCCCUUUCUAA